CACCUGAAUACACCUGUACCUGUCCGCACAGGUCUGUGUGUGAGAGAAGACAGCGGGUCAGGAGGACGUCCAGUCCGGUUCGGUCCGGUAUCAUGGCGGAUUCUCAGCUGCUGUGUUUGGACGACGAGCACGUGAACGAGAAGAUCCCGGAGAGCAGGCCGGAGUUUUACUACAGCGAGGAGCAGCGCGCGGCCAUCGAGCAGCUGCUGAGGAGCGGGGAUGGAGCCUUCAAGCUGCGCCUCAAGGAGGACAACAUCAAAGACUUUCUGUCCGCCAGGGAGGUCCGGCUCCUCCGGAAGACUUUCACCGAAUACGACCCGGACAGCGAAUCCGAGUCUGGAGAGAACGACAAGUCCAAGGGGUCGUCGAGCGCGGACUCGGGGGUCCACUCCACAUACUGGCCCACAAUGUCCGACACCGAGGUCCCGGCUCUGGACAUUGGCUGGCCCGGGACGUGCGGCAUGUACAAGGGGGUGACCCGGGUCAGCGUGUUUACACAUCCGCCAAAAGAAUAUGGACCUCACAUCAAGGCGGUGGUGAGGAGGCUCAUACAGGAGGCGCAUAAGGUGGUCGCCAUAGUCAUGGACCUGCUGACAGACCUGCAAAUCCUCCAGGACUUGCUGGACGCCUCAUCACGGCGCGGGGUCGCCGUCUACACUCUGCUGGAGGCCAAAGGAGUGCCCCACUUUCUGGAUAUGUGCACACGGUUGCAGAUCAAUGCCACGCAUCUGCGGAACCUGCGUGUGCGGACAUUGAGAGGUUCAGGACUCGCGCUGUCGUUUGGAAAGCUGCCCGGCUCGCUCUGCUCCAAGUACAUGCUUGUGGAUGGAGAGAAAGUCAUGUUUGGAUCCUACAGCUUCACAUGGACGUCUUCUCGGAUGGACCGGAACAUGAUCACCGUGAUGUCGGGACAGAUCGUGGACAUGUUCGAUAACGACUUCAGGGAGCUGUACGCCAUCUCUGAACAAGUCGACCUCCACAAGGAAUUUAACAUCACAAAGCCGCCCAUUCCUGCCCCUAUCAGGAGGCCAAAGGUGGAGCCAGCCCGCCAUCUUCCUGUCUCCACGUCCCGCUUUCAAGUGUCAGUGGGAGAGUCCAGACAGAUCGGCCUGAAGGUGCCAGCUCAUAAAUAUCACAAUCCAAAGUACUCGUUAGUGUUUGGGAACAGCAUGGGCCUGACGGGAUCAUUACAGGACCUUUCAACCACGAGCGACUCGCUGGUCAGCGGGCUGAACCAGAGGAACGGAUUCCUCAACAGCAGGAUAAUUAGAGAGAACGUGGGUGGAGUCUCUUCUCAGAGUCCCAGUACCCCUUCAGAGGAGGAAGACGAGGACGGAAAAGGAAGUCUGAAGAGGAACAAGAAUAACGUAUCCAAGAAAGAACGCAGCUCAUUCAGGCACUUCCUGAAAGGCAGAGCCAAUCACAGCCCAGAUACUAUACCGGAGGGUAUGGUCACUCCUCCUAACCCCUCCCCUGUCUCCAAAGCUACAGAGACUAAUGAUGCCCCAGCAAAUGAGCUGGAGGACUCGUUUGAGAUCAUUGAAAAGCCAGCUCAACUAAAAUCCAAAACUAGGAAACCAUCCAAGGCAAUCCAGAGGAGCAUGUCCCUGCAGACCAUCAACACGGGAGAAGAAGACAGAUCCCGAAGCCGGCGGCGACACCAGAAGAAGAACUGCAUCCAGUCAUGAGACACAGCUGCUAUUACAGAUAUAAAAGUGUAAAAAUCACCUGAUGGUGAAACCAGCUGAGUCACAUGAUCACUGUCCUAUGACAGGUGACUUCCCGUUGAACAAUCAGAGCAGCCAGUUUCAGGAUAAAGUCCUUGGAGUUGCAGUUUAACUCAAGUUGUGAUGAAAAUCUGUCAUAGCCAAACAGCUGACAGAUAAAAUCAUCAUCAUCAUCAUGAUCAUUUUGUUUUUAUUGAGUAUUAAAUUAUUCCUUAAAGUGUUUUUGUAUUUCCCACUUAUUUCCUUGAACCUCACAGUGUAACAGGUGUUGUGUAGGUGGGUGACAUCACUCCUGCAUGAUAACCUGAGACAGGAAAGUGAUGAGUGGAGCUGAGCAUCGUCUUGCAGGAACCUUGUUAGUGUCAGCGAGACAAAAAAAGUUUGUAAAAGGCUGUGAAUUCUGUGAGCAGAGCUGCAGAGUUUUUCUUCUUGUUCAGGUGAAACAGACUCAAAAAUAAAAUGUGAAGAUUUCAAAACCACUUCAGAUGAAAAUGUUAAUUUUGUAAAAGAAAUGUAAUAAAAUUUAUAUAAA